UUAUUUGAGUUUGGAUCAAAUUCAAAGUAACUUGAAAUUCAUUUCACUUCAAUAUGGAUGAAAAAGAUACCAACUCCAGAAUAACAUCAAGGAGUCAGCGCAUAAUGAACCUAGCAUUAAAGAAAAUGAAAGGUAUGUACUUAUUUCUAUUUUAAUACUAUCUUCAUUCAACAUUAAACAUUCUUGUUUUAAAUCUCAUUGAUUAUAUCUAUAGGUAAUGAUUUAACUAUUAAUUUGUUUUGUUUGGACCUGCUUAAAAACAAGAGUAGGCUAUUCAUCCAAAACUGAACCAACGAAUUUCAACCAUUGAUUCCUAUCAAAUUAAUAUUUGAUUAAUUAAGUAAUCAAUUUAUACAAAUUCUUAAUUUUUAUAGUAGGUUUCCACAGUAUUAUUUUGUUUUGUUUUUUAAUUAUUGUGAGCACAUAAACUAUGCACUGCGCUUCUGUCAAUCAAUUAACACUUAUAUCAAUUUGAAGAACGGAAUUGAAUUCUCAAAUUCUAUUUGAUAAUUAAUCUUUUUACAUAAUAUUUCAUACCUUUGAUCCAAAUUGAGACUUCUUUGUCCCGUGAAGGAUGUCAAUAAAGCUACCCACUACCUAUAUUUCAUAAUUGGUGCUAUUGCCUUUUUGUUUAUCAUUUUCAGUUCUCUAAUAAUUUUUGUAACACAUUCAGUUGAUCAUUAAACGUUAUCUUGAGUUCAACUACAGUACAAAUGAUUUUAUACUGAAAUGGCAUAAAUUAUUUCAGUUGUGUAUUUCUUUGCAGGUGAUAGUGAGAAAGAAUCCAAUGUUCCGCCUACAGGUGAAAGAUACAAAACAGGAGAUAUCUAUGAGAGUGAAAAGAUUUUAUGAUUUGGGAGAUGUGACUCGUCAGAGAGAUUGGAUCUUAAAGAACAUAGAGAAAAUAGAACCCAAAUAUAGGUAUGCUAAGGAAGGAAGUAACCGUGCAUUCAAUGUAGCAUACUUUCUUUUUUGUGAUGAGAAUAAAAUACAAGUAUGUAGAACUUUUUUCCUGAAUACAUUGAACAUCAGCAAAACUGUAGUUAGUACUGCCCUCAAGAAAUUCAAGAACAACUUUCUUGAACCUGAAUGUAGAGGUAAGCAUGAGAAUCGAAAGAAGAAUGAUGACUUACUGAUUCAGGGAAUGAAAGAUUUUAUCAAUUCGAUACCUCGGGUGGAAUCUCACUAUCUAAGGAAUCAAACAGCAAGGGAGUAUAUAGAUGGUGGGAAAACUCUCUCUGAUAUUCACAGAGACUAUCAGAAUGAGUGUCUCAGGCAAAAUCUACCUCAUGGUAAUUACACAGCAUUUAGAAAAGUGUUCAUUGAAAAUUUUAACAUUAGUUUUUUUGUCCCCAAAAAAGAUUUAUGUUGUUUGUGUGAGCAAUUUAAGAACUCACCUGAUGACAAUGAUUUGAAAAAAAUGCAUGAGACCCAUAUAAAAUUGAAAGAGUUAGCUAGGGAAGAGAAAAAGAAAGAUGCUCUUAAAGCAAAAAAUAAAGAAUGUGUAACAGCGAUUUUCGACCUGCAAGCUGUCCUUCCCACACCUUGUGGAGAUGCAUCACUUUUUUAUUACAAAAGACGCCUCUCCACUUUAAAUUUCACCAUCUAUGACAUAGGAAAUUCGAAUGCAUAUUGCUAUGUUUGGAAUGAGGCAUAUGCUAAGAGGGGCUGCAAUGAAAUCGGUUCAUGCCUGUUAUUGUUUCUCGAGAAGGUUUGCCAGGGGAAGGAUGUCAUCUUCUAUUCAGACAAUUGUCCUGGUCAAAACAAAAAUCAGGCAAUUGCAGCCGCAUUUAUUUAUGCAGUUGAAAACUUGAAUGUAAAAUCAGUAACUCAUAAAUUUCUAACUGUGGGUCACACUCAGAAUGAAGGAGACAUGGUUCAUUCACUGAUUGAGAAACAAAAAAAAUUGGUUUUAAGAUCAGGUCCAGUAUCUGUCCCUGCACAGUGGAUAACUGUCAUCCAGUCAGCCAAGAAAAAGGGAAACCCAUUCACUGUGAUAGAGAUCAACACUGAAGAUGUGAAGGACAUAAAACACCUCAAAUCAACAGUAGGGAAAAAUUUUUCCAAAAAUAUGUCAGGGGAACAAGUAAAAUGGAGGGACAUCUCAGUAAUCCAUGUUAAUAGGGAGGCCCCAUUCCAAAUAUUUUACAAGAACAAUUUUGAUGACGUAGAUAAAAUAAUAAAUAUCAGAGAAAAAAUGAGAGGUGUAACUCAAAUGGUUCUAAGAUUGGCCUACACAGCACCCCCUGGUAUAUCUAGUUUCAAAAAAAGAGAUUUGUUAUCUCUCUGCACAUCCAAUGUGAUAAAUAAGCAAUAUCAUCAAUUUUAUGAAUGUCUACCAGUUGGUGAGUGCAAUGAUACAGAAGAUUGAUUCUAUCAAUUUUAGUAUUGAUCAAAAAGUAUUGUUCAUCAUUGCCUUUGUCUUUUUCAUGAGAAUAUCCUUUAUUUUGUGUGUUCACUCCUAUUUUCUCUUAUAUUCCAAUUAUUGUCACAUUUGCUAAGUAGAUUGUAAGAUCUAAUGAAAAUAUAAUUAUUAGUUGUCCCUUUGUAUGAUAAAAAUUCCACCUUAAACUUUUGUAUUCAAUUAGUAUAGGCUACGAUUUUAUUUCAAUGAAUCCAAUUUCUUAUUUUGUUAUUAAAGAUUGAAUAAAUACUUUAUUAAUUUGUAUGCAUAAAAAGGGACUGUCAAUUUGUAGAUUAGGAUCCAUCCAAUACAUAAAUAUAAUGUGAAAUUUAUUUAAGUUAAUUAUUAAUUUUUCAAAUCGUUUUCUAUUUUUUACAAUAAGUUGAUUUACAAGUUUAGUUGGUUUUUUAUAGAGUAUUAUCGAGUUUUGUAUAGAGUAUUAUCGUGUUUAUUAAUGUAUUUUAGUGUUUAAGAAGGAACUGAUAUAAAAUUUUUAGCUAUACAGUAUACCUAAUACUUUACAAAUAGGACACAAUACUUGAGAAAUAAUUUUUGUGUAAUAACGAAUUUGUUGCAUAUCCAAUAAAAUAUUGACAUAUUUUGUGAAUAUAUAUUUCAAAUGUAUUGUAUUUUCGAUUUAUUCCAACCUCUUACCAUUUUGAGCAAUUUCUCAAUAGUAAAAGAAGUGUACCUUUUUGAAGAUUAUUCUGAAAAGUAUUGAUCUUUUUGGAGCAAGACUGUCCCAAAUCAAAAAAGUUCUAAUAACUUAUUUAUCCCUCCAUAUGAAUGAAAACAUGAAUACAGGCCACUUUUAAGAAGUGAUAAGUGAACUAAAACAGUUGGAAUUAGAGAAAUUGAGUGAUUCUAAGAGCAGAAAAUCAAGUUUGAAUACCUACGAAAACUUUAAAACUGCUCUCCUGAAUAAACGACUUUUUUGAGUUGGAACAGUCUUCCUCCCGAGGUGCGAUAUGAUA